GGUUCACUUCCUGUAGGGACUGAAAACCAAGUGAGGAGAUGAAGAAUUGGACCGUACCAGACCAGAAAUUACAGAGAGGAUAGACACUGCAGAUGGAUCCUGACCAUCACGCAAGGAACAAGUGAACAACUUUGGAAAGACAUUCAAUCCCUUUGCAGCUUGCUUACCACAGAGAAAGUUGGGUAGUGAAACCAUAAUCUGGAAAUCAGUCAGCUCAGGGGAGCUUAGAGAUAUCAUCAGAUCUGAAACUGGUCAGUGGUGUGGAGCCUUCCGUCAGAACCAACGUUUCUGAAGGUUCGGCUGUGGGUGAUUGGUCAGGGUGAGGCUGUGAAGAAGUGUGUUGAAUGCUUCAAUCAUCCAUCAAGCAUCAUGAACCACUGACUCAUUCCUGCAGACGAAAGGCUGUUCAAAUGUGUGACAAGGUCUCCCCAGGUUCAUAGCUUCUCCUAAUACACAAAGUCUAUCUGGUGUAGAGCUAUUUGCACAAGGGCACCUCCAUGGAAGGGAAGUCAUUCAAGUGUGAGGUGUGUGACAGAGCCUUCACACGGUUUUCGACGCUCAUGAAUCACCAGCGCAUUCACACAGGGGAGAAGCCAUUCCAGUGCGAAGUGUGCGACCAAGCAUUCACAUGGCCAACAAAUCUCACGCAGCACCGACGCAUUCACAGCGGGGAGAAGCCCUUUGAGUGUGAGGUGUGUGGUAAAACCUUCGCCCAGUCCUCAGCCCUGGCAGAUCACCGGCGCCUUCACACAGGGGAGAAACCAUUCAUGUGUGAGGUGUGUACAAAGUCAUUCUCACAGUUGUCAUCCCUCCGGGCACACCAGCGCCUUCACACAGGGGAGAAACCAUUCACCUGUGAGGUGUGUGACAAAUCCUUCUCGCACCCGUCUCACUUCCGCGUGCACCAGCGUGUUCACGCUGAGGACAAGCCGUUCAGUUGCGAGGUGUGUGACAGAAGCUUCACAAAUUCGUCCAUGCUCCUGAUGCACCAACGCGUUCACACAGGGGAGAAGCCCUUCAGGUGCAAUGUGUGUGACAAAGCGUUUAGCCACACCUCUGCUCUCCUGACACACAAACGGGUGCACACUGGCGAGAAACCGUUCAAGUGCGAGGUCUGCACCCAAGCCUUUGCGCACUCGUCAACGCUUGCGAACCACCGGCGCACCCACACCGGGGAGAGGCCGUUCGCAUGUGAGGUGUGCAACGAGUGCUUUGCCCAGUUAUCACGGCUCGUGAGUCACCGGCGCACCCACACGGGGGAGAAGCCGUUCACGUGCAAUGUGUGUGACAAGUCGUUUUCUCGGUCAUCCAUCCUGCGCGAACACGCACGCAUUCACACUGGAGAGAAGCCGUUCAAGUGUGAGGUGUGUGACAAAUUGUUCUCACACGCAUCUCACUUCCGUGUUCACCAACGCACUCAUACUGGGGAGAAACCAUUCACCUGCGAAGUGUGCAGCAAAUCUUUUUCGCGGUCUUCGACUCUCCGUGUGCACCAACGCAGACAUGCUGGAGAAACUGUUCAGGUGUGAGCUGUGUGACAAGGUUCUCACAUAGUCGGCAUUUCUCCUGGCUCAUCAAGGUGCUCAUACGCCGGAAAAACUUUGAGUUACGUAAUAAAGUCUCCACACAUUUUGGUGCUCCUAGAACAUCAAUGAACUCACACAGGAAACAAACCUCUCUAGUGAGACACGAUUCACCUCCUCCUCCUCUCUCACCAGACACUGAUAUCUCCACAUUGUCUUUGAGACGGUCACCUACUUGCAUUGCACUGAGAGCUGUCUGCGUUGUUCAUUCUCAAGUACUGUGUCUCUCAGCAGCGUCUGCCUCAAACCUCUCUCACCGUCAGUCCAACAGGUUCCAGCAGAUCAAUUUAACCUUUGCUCAGAUCAUCAAACCAUCACUAAAUGAAUACACCGAUACGUACAGGAUCUCCUGCAUGAAUGCCACUGUACCUUUGGAGGAAUUCAUCAGCCACAAGAAGUAGAUCAUUCAGGAGGAUGUGUGUUAGGAAUUUCUCACUCUGGACAAAAGGGAAUAUCUCAAUAGUUUUUGCAGCUUGAUUUAUCUUCUUGCCCUAAGACAGCUACAGCUGUCACACUCUUGAAGUCUGUGGAGUUACUUCUAUUCCCAAAUGCUUAGAAUGAGUUCAUGCAUUCCUGAUGUGAGCAAAGUUCCACCAACUUUGUAGCCGUCAGCUGGAAUUCUAUUGGGUUGCAGGUUCUGUUGUUUCUCAUCUGUUGAUGGCUUGUUGCAGCUCUCCCAUUGAUGGUGACUCACCCCUGGACUUUACCAGAAGGCACUGGGGAAUAGAUUGGAGGGUCUCAGUUGUCCCUGUGAAUUUAUGGUUGAGGAGUUGUUCAAAAUGUUCUCUCCAGCGUUCAUGAAUGUCAUUGUCCUCCUGAAGAGCAGAAACACCAUCCUGGGAAUCUUGCUGCAGCAAUGGAUUUAUAUUUUCCAGUUCACAAGAAGCAGAACAUUUCAGUCAGAAAGGAAAAAACUUACGUUUAUAUAUCUAUUUUCACAAUCUUAAUACAUCAAAAAGCACUCACACCCAACAAAAUGCUUUUGAAACUGUAAUUCCUGUUGUAAUUUCGGCAACAGCCUAUUUACAGCACACUCUCACACACAUUAAUGCAAUAAUUUCCAGAUAAUUCGUUUGAGGACAUUGAUCAAGGGAUUCAUGUCGUCCGAGAUGUCAGGGAUAACACCCCUGCUUUUGUAUCAUGGGAUUAUUUUUAUAUUCUCCUGAGAGAGCAGAUGGGGCUAUAGUUUAACCCUCCUGAAAGAUGGUAUUUUCUAACAGGGCAGCAUUCCCUCAGCAAUCUGUAAGAAUUUGGAGCUGAUUGAGAUUUUACAUUACUGGUAUCUGUAAUCAAUUUAACUUGUAUCCACGAUUUACAAUCGUGACAGUUCUCACUGAGCUAACCGAUCACAUGGAAUGAAGUGAUGGAGACUAUCAGGAAGAGUGCUGGAAAGUAGAAUUUAUUCUGAAAGGAUGGUAAUAUACACUCACAAAGGAAUUAACCCACAGUGACCACAGGUCCUCUGAGCUGACAACACAGCCAGUGUUUCUUCUUUCCCUCAUUUGAAGUGUCUUGGGUGAGUUGUCAUCCCAGAAAUGAUGAUAAUGAGCGUGCCCACAAUCUUGUGAAUGUUCAACAUUGAUCAUUAAUUCAGAGUGUCUCUGUGUCAUAUUUGGAUGUGGCUUGUGUUAACCAUUUUUGUUGGUUAAAAGUAAGAUGGUUGUCUUUAUCCCACACACGAGGACUCAGGGCUCAUAGCCACUAUCUGAAAACAGAUGUUCAUUGCUCCUUCUCAAUACUAUCUCCACAUGUUGCAUGAAUAAAUAUACGAAUGGCAUUCCCAGCAAUCCUGUUGCUUCUUUAUCACAAUAUCUGACCGUUUGGCUUCCUCGACUUGUUUUCACUCAUACGAUAGAAUGGAUCUCUCGUCCAGAAAGACAUGAAUACUGAGUGGGAAGCGGUGUCUCUCUCCGUAACAGAGGAAGAUGAGCAAAGAGGAUUCUCAAAAGACUGGCACUAUUGUUACAUUGAAAUGAUCAAUAUAUUUGAAGACCAUUCGACUUAAACAAUACAUGCUUUAUCAUUUGUCGCUAUGACUGGAGCCCAUAAGGAACAAGAAGAGUAGACUGCUCACUGAAGCAAAGAAUAUGGCAGAAGUACUAAAUUAGUUCUUUGUUUCUAUUAGAAGAUAGUGGCAACGGUCCAGUUGAAAAUGUGGGUGUUGAGCAACUUGAGCAGUAUAGUCAUAGAUGAAGAAGAGGUGCUAAAGAGGCCAGUUGAAGUCCAGACCUGGUUGGGAUGCAUCCGAAAUUGCUGAGAGAAAUGGGAGCAAAUUAUGAAGUCAUUGACAGAAAUAUUCCGGGCCUCUCCGAACACAGGAGUAGUCAUAGAGGAAUGGAGGAUUGCAAAUGUGACACCAUUCUUUCAGAAAAGGAGAAAGGAUAGCCCAGGAAACUACAGACCUAUCAACUUGAUGGGAAAACUGAAGAAGGCCAUAUAGAGUCAGACAGCAUAGAAAUAGACUCUUCAGUCUAACCAGUCCCUGCUGACCACACCCCCAAAAUAAAUUCAUCCCAUCCACCUGUGCUUGGCCCAUAUCCCUCUAAUCAUUUGUUAUGCAUGUACUUACUUGUAACUGUAUGCACAUCCACCACUUCCUGUGCAAGUUCAUUCCACUCUGUGUAAAAAAAAUUGCCCCUCAUGUCUUUAUUAACUCUGUCUCCUUUCAUUUUAAAAUAUUCCCCCUUGAUUUUGGGAAAAGCCUCCUGCCAUUCAACUUAUGUAUACCCCUCACGAUUUUAUAAACCUCCAUAAGGUCACCUCUUGACCUGUGUAAAAUAAACAGCCUAUCCAGUCUCACUUUAUGCCUUAAACCCUCCAUUCCCGCAACUUCCUGGUAAAUCUCCUCAUAAUCCUCUACAGCUUGAUACUAUCCUUCCGAUAACAGGGAGACCAGAACUGGACACAGUACUCCAGAAGAGGCUUCACCAACAUCCCAUUGAACCUCAAUACAGUUCCCAACUCCUGUUCUCAAAGGUUGGAGCAAUGUAGGCAAACACAAUAAAUGCCUUCUUAACUACUCUAUAUGUGAUGCAAACUUCAAAGAAUUACGUACCCGAACCCCAGGUUUCUGUUGCACAACACUACCCAAAAUACCCCAUUUUUGAUUGUAUAAGUCUUGCCUUUGUUGUUUUACCAAAAUGCAAUGCUCGCAUUUAUCCAAAUUAAAGUCCAUCUGCCACACUUCAGCCCAUUGACCCAAUUGAUCAAGAUGUCUUUGUAAUCUUAGAUAAUCUUCUUCACUGUGUACAACUGCUACCAAUAUAUCUAAUUAUAGCAAAUGGUAAAUAUACACUUCGAGAAAAAUAAGUUAAGAUUAGACUAGAUUCCCUACAGUGUGAAAACAGACCAUUCGGCCCUACAAGUCCACACCCCACCUUGAAGCAUCCUACCCAGACCCAUUCACCUAUAAUCCACACACCCCUGAACACUAUUUAGCACGGCCAAUCCACCUAAGCUGCACAUCUUUGGACUGUGGGAGGAAACUGGAGCACCCGGAGGAAACCCACGCAGACACGGGAAGAAUGUGGAAACUCCACACAGACAGUCGCCUGAGUCUGGAAUCGAACCCAGGUCCCUGGCGUGUGAGGCUGCAGUGCAAACCACUGACUCACCAUGCCAAAGUUUGGAAACAGAGGAUAGGAAUAGAUUAGCAUUUCUCAGAUGCGAGAUGAGUUGAAAGGGUGUUUAGCAGAGAUUCUUGCCAAAUCUGAAUCAUAUAAAUUAUUUGGAGAUGGGUGUUGAGGGCAACAUCUCUAAAUUUGCCGAUGAUACUAAGCAAUGGAGAAUAACGAGUUAUGAGGAAAUUACCAUGUGACUUCAGAGGAACAUUGACAGUUGGCCAAAUGGGCAAAUACCUGGCAGAUGAAUUUCAAUGCAGAGAAAUGUGAGGUAAUGCAUUUUAGUAAAAGAAACAUGAAGAGUCAAUAGAGGCACAAUAGAAUUUUGAGGGGAGUAUAGGAGCAGAGGGACCUCAGAGUUCACUUGCAUGAUCCUCUGAAGGUGGCUGGACAAUGUGAAACAGUUGUUCAGAAGGCUUAUACUACUUGGGUUAGUAAACAGGCAUAGAGUAUAAAAGCAAGGAAGUGAUGCUGCACCUUUACAAAUCAUUGGUCAGACCACCUCGACAGUAAGGUGCUCAGUUCUCUGCACCUUAUUUAAGAAAGGAUGUUAAAGCCCUGGAGAGAGUGUAAAGGAGAAUUACUAAAAUGACAUAAGGGAUGAGGGAUUUUAGGUACAAGGAAAAAUUAGACAAAUUGAGUUUAUUCUUUUUGGAGCAGAGAAGAUUAAGAGAUCACGUUAUCGAGCAAUUUUGACAGGGUGACGGAUAAUCUUUUUUCACCAGGAAAUAUGUCAGUAACUAGGGUGUUACAAUUGCAAGACUGUCAGUAAGAGGGCUAGGAAUGUGAUGAGAAGCUUGUUUACUCAGAGAGUUGUUUGAAAAAUUUGGAAAAUGCUGCCUGGAAGAGGAGCAAAGGCAGAUUCAAUAGGAACUUUCAAAAGAGAGCUGGAAAUAUAUUUGGAAGUCAUGAAUUUAAGAGGGCUGUGAAGGUAAAUCUGGAAAAUGGAUAGUUCUUUCAGGAUCCAGUAAGGAUGUAAUGGACUAGAUGGCCUCCUUUUGUCUAUGAUUCUGUAAUGAGAGAUUUCUUCUGCAUGUCAAACUUUUUAAUUAAAUCACCUGUAUUAUUGAC